UUGCGGAAGUGGUAGCCGUGAGAGAAGAAGAUGGCGACUGCAGUGGCCAGUCGGGUCAACAAGCGUGGUGGCGGAGGGCCGGGAGGAGGUGGCGGCGGCGGCGGAGGAGGAGCCAGAGGGACCGAGGAGGAGCCGCCGCCGCCCCUACAAGCAGUUCUGGUGGCCGAUAGCUUCAACCGCCGCUUCUUCCCCAUUUCCAAGGACCAGCCUCGGGUCCUCUUACCUCUGGCCAAUGUGGCACUAAUUGACUAUACUCUGGAAUUCCUGACUGCCACAGGGGUACAGGAAACCUUUGUCUUUUGUUGCUGGAAGGCUGCUCAAAUCAAGGAACAUUUGCUGAAAUCCAAGUGGUGCCGCCCCACAUCCCUCAAUGUGGUUCGGAUCAUUACAUCAGACCUGUAUCGAUCACUGGGGGAUGUGCUCCGGGACGUGGAUGCCAAGGUCUUGGUGCGCUCAGACUUCCUGCUGGUGUCUGGGGAUGUCAUCUCAAACAUCAACAUCACCAGAGCCUUGGAGGAACACAGGUUGAGGCGGAAGCUAGAAAAAAACGUAUCUGUGAUGACAAUGAUCUUCAAGGAGUCAUCCCCCAGCCACCCAACUCGCUGUAAUGAGGACAACAUGGUAGUGGCUGUGGAUAGUGCCACAAACCAGGUUCUCCAUUUUCAGAAGACCCAAGGCCUCCGGCGUUUUUCCUUUCCCCUGGGCUUGUUCCAGGGCGGCGGUGACAGCGUGGAGGUUCGCUAUGACUUACUGGACUGUCACAUCAGUGUCUGCUCUCCCCAGGUGGCUCAGCUCUUUACAGAUAAUUUUGACUACCAGACUCGAGAUGACUUUGUGCGAGGCCUGUUAGUGAACGAGGAGAUCCUGGGGAACCAGAUCCACAUGCAUGUCACAAGUCGGGAGUAUGGUGCCCGGGUCUCUAACCUGCACAUGUACGCAGCCGUCUGCGCUGAUGUCAUCCGCCGGUGGGUCUACCCUCUCACCCCAGAGGCGAACUUCACUGACAGCACCACCCAGAGCUGCACGCAUUCCCGGCACAACAUCUACCGAGGCUCUGAGGUCAGCCUGGGCCACGGCAGUGUCCUGGAGGAAAAUGUGCUUCUGGGCUCUGGCACUGUCAUUGGCAGCAACUGCUCCAUCACCAACAGUGUCCUCGGCCCUGGCUGCCACAUUGGUGAUGACGUGGUGCUGGACCAGGCCCACCUGUGGCAGGGUGUCCGGGUGGCUGCUGGAGCACGGGUCCAUCAGUCUCUUCUCUGUGACAAUGCUGAGAUCAAGGAACGAGUCACACUGAAGCCGCACUGUGUCCUUACUUCUCAGGUGGUUGUAGGCCCAGACAUCACACUGCCUGAGGGCUCGGUGAUCUCUCUGCACCCUCCAGACGCAGAGGAGGAUGAGGACGAUGGCCAGUUCAGUGACGACUCGGGGGCCGACCAAAAAAAAGAGAAAGUGAAGCUGAAAGAUUACAAUCCAGCAGAAGUCGGAGUUGCAGGCCAGGGCUACCUCUGGAGAGCUGCAGAAGUGAACACGGAGGACGAGGAGGAACUACAGCAAAGUCUGUGGGGACUUAAAGUCAGCUUGGAAGAAGAGAGUGAAACUGAAAGUGAACGAAGCAUGGAUUCUGAGGAGCUGGACAGCCAGGCAGGCUCCCCACAGAUGGACGAUAUCAAAGUGUUCCAGAAUGAAGUCCUGGGAACACUGCAGCGGGGCAAAGAGGAGAACAUUUCCUGUGACAAUCUAGUCCUGGAAAUCAACUCUCUCAAGUAUGCCUACAACAUCAGCCUAAAGGAGGUGGUGCAGGUGCUGAGCCACGUGGUCCUGGAGUUCCCCCUGCAGCAAGUGGACUCCCCACUCAACCCAAACCGCUACUGUGCCCUGCUGCUUCCUCUGCUCAAAGCCUGGAGCCCUGUUUUCAGGAACUACAUAAAGCGUGCAGCUGACCAUAUGGAAGCCUUGGCAGCCAUCGAGGACUUCUUCCUGGAGCAUGAAGGUCUUGGUACUUCCAUGGCCAAGGUGCUGAUGGCUUUCUACCAGCUGGAGAUCCUGGCUGAGGAAACAAUCCUGAGCUGGUUCAACGAAAGGGAUACAGCUGAUAAGGGCCGGCAACUGCGGAAGAAUCAACAGCUGCAGAGGUUCAUCCAGUGGCUGAAAGAGGCUGAAGAGGAAUCGUCUGAAGAUGACUGAAGUCACGCUGACGCCCCUGCCUCCUGGGCCAGGGCGGCAGGCCUGGGACUUGUCCUGUCAGGGAAGCUGGGUCACCCUCCAUCUUAAAGGUAAGGGGAAUUUUCUUAAGAAUGCACUACUGUUGGGGGGUAAAACUAAGGACUUGAUCCUUAUAAUCCAGGAUUCUUUCUGUGUCAGCAUUUUCAGUACUGCAGUGAGGGGGAAGUUGCCCCCAGAGGCAAAUAUGACCCCAAGCCAGCAAUGGCUAUCCUGAGAACACGGAAGGUCCUGUGAAUUGGACUUUCCCCUAACACUGAAGGUGUUUGUUCACUGUGUGACAUGUAUUUUGCUAAAUAGUUCUCAUAUAUUGUUAAACCCUCACAUCAGCUCUAUGAAGUAGGUCCUAUCCCCAUUUUCAGACGAGGAAACUGAAGCUCAGAGAGGUUAAGUCUAAUCCGAGUUCCUGUAACUAGUGAUGAGGGAGCCAGGAUUUGUUGCUCGACAACAGCUGGAGUUUUUUUUUUUUUUUUUUUUUUUAUAAUAACUUUUAUUAAGCUUCAAGUGAACGUUUACAAAUCCAAUCAGUCUGUCACAUAUAAGUUUACAUACAUCUCACUCCCUACUCCCACUUACUCUCCCCGUCUUGAGUCAGCCCUUUCAGUCUCUCCUUUCUUGACAAUUUUGCCGGCUUCCCUCUCUCUCUAUCCUCCCAUCCCCCCUCCAGACAAGAGUUGCCAACACAAUCUCAAGUGUCCACCUGAUAUAAUUAGCUCACUCUUCAUCAGCAUCUCUCUCCCACCCGCUGACCAGUCCCUUUCAUUUCUGAUGAGUUGUCUUCGGGGAUGGUUCCUGUCCUGUGUCAACUGAAGGUCUGGGGAGCAUGGCCGCCGGGAUUCCUCCAGUCUCAGUCAGACCAUUAAGUUUGGUCUUCUUAUGAGAAUUUGGGGUCUGCAUCCCACUGAUCUCCUGCUCCCUCAGGGGUCCUCUGCUGAGCUCCCUGUCAGGGCAGUCAUCAAUUGUGGCCGGGCACCAACUAGUUCUUCUGGUCUCAGGAUGAUGUAGGUCUCUGGUUCAUGCGGCCCUUUCUGUCUCUUGGGCUCUUAGUUGUCAUGUGGGCUUGGUGUUCUUCAUUUUUCUUUGCUCCAGGUGGGUUGAGACCACUUGCUGCAUCUUAGAUGGCUGCUUGUUAGCAUUUAAGACCCCAGACGCCACAUUUCAAAGUGGGAUGCAGAAUGAUUUCAUAAUAGAAUUAUUUUGCCAAUUGACUUAGAAGUCCCCGCAAACCAUGAACAGCUGGAGUUUUACUCACUUUGCUCUGUUAUCUUUAGCCUCAACCGUCAAACACGCCCUUCUCCCUCAUCUUUUUGAGCUCUUUCUUGCCUUUCUGUAACCCUGACUCUGCUGACACCUAAGCUGUGGCUAACGUCACUCCGGUAACAAGUGGCCCUCCCCAGGCAUCGCAGUUAAAAUGUUGCCGUUCUUCACUUCAGUUGGGUGGAAAAGAGUAAGUUGAGAAAGAACAUACCAAACUCCACUUGGUGUGAAGGUAUUAUUGGAAAUUUUUCUAAAAGGAAAAGACAGGCUGGCCAGGAUUUGGCUUAAUUUGCUUUUCUUAUCCAGUAAAUCUGUUUCUGCCUUGUCAGAUACAGGAUCUAGUACCUAGGGAGCAUAUGAAGAACUUUAUGACUAGGGGCAGUUAAAUGCAGUAACUAUAAGGCACCUCUGACCUGUGCCAAAUGUGUGGUAGAGACCAGAAGUGACCUACAGGAGUUUAGGAGGGAAAGAUUCUUUCCAGCUAGGUUGGCAGGAUGCUUUGCAGGAUUGUGAUGCUUGAAUGGAGGAGGAGGGAAGGGAGCAAAGCAGAGGAUUUCAAGUUAAAUAUGGAAUUAAGCACAUGGGGGUUUUUUUGCUCCUCUGAAAACUCCAUUAAAAUGCCAGUAAGAGAAUUCUGUAAAGGCAUGUUACUUGGUGAUGAGGAAAACAGGAGGUGACAACCAUGAAUGCGAGGUGCCAACAUGUCGGAAAAUGAAAAAUGGAUAUAAGAGCAAAAGUGGACUUGGCAGAGCAGAAUAAGGCACGCUGUACCUGCAAAGGUGGUUAUUCACAAGAAGCAAGCUAGUGUGCCCUUCUGAACCCAGAAAAGGAUAAGCACCUCAGAAGGGAUAAGAAGUGGGGCUGAGAUCUGGAGGGAGGGGGUAGAUAAAGGUCUGUAUAAGAAAAAGUCAAACAUGAGACUGUGGGCAGCUCCUGCCUGGAGGCGAGAUGAGAGGGCCGAGGGGGACAGGAGCUGGCAGAAUGGACACAAGGAAUACAGGGUGAAGAGGAAGAAUGUGCUGUCUCAUUAGGGGGAGAGCAACUAGGAGUAUAUGGUAAGGCGUAUAUAAGUUUUUAUAUGUGAGACUGACUUGAUUUGUAAACUUUUACUUAAAGCACAAUGGAAAAAAAUGAAAAAGGCAGACGCCCAGGUCCCCACCUCGUCCGAUCCAGCUGAGUGAUUACCCUGCUUCUCCCUGCAGGAAGUAGGAGAUGGACUCUCUGAGAAUGGUGGGGAGGAAAUUACCAAAGAAAUACUUAAAGAAGUUUCCCUAACCCCAAAUGUCAUGAGUUGUCAGCUUGGAAGGGUCCAUGCGGACCUGUAUAAUGAGUGAAACUUGAGAACCUCAGGGAGAACUUCAACUCUCAGAGCCUCUGGACUUGGCAGCAGGCGUUGUGGGGGGCAGGGUUGAGGUGCCAGAUUGAAAAGGAUGGAUCAGGUGAAAGUGUGUGAGUGCUGGAACUCAACAUCACAUUUAUACUCCCCAGCAAAAAAAAAAAAAAAUGUAGAAAAAAGGCC